ACUUCAGGGUCACGGCCAUUUCAACUUGUAGUUGUGAUGAAGGGGGAGAUGUGUCUGCUGGUUGAAUAACUCAGGACUUAUGAAUGAGAAUACAUCACACACAACGGGGACAGAGAGAGGGAGAGCACAUUAUUGCAUUGGGAGGUUCCUGUCCUGGUGUAACUGUCACAGCAUAAUGGUGGCAUUUAAAGGGAUCUGGACCAAGGACUUCUGGAGGGCUGUGUCUGGAGAAUACCUGGCCACUCUCAUCUUUGUCCUUCUCGGUCUGGGCUCCACCAUCAACUGGGCUGCCGGGGAGGAGAAACCUCCCCCAGCUGACCUAGUCCUUAUCUCCCUUUGCUUUGGCCUGAGCAUCGCCACCAUGGUGCAAUGUUUUGGCCACAUCAGCGGCGGACACAUUAACCCGGCGGUCACUGCAGCUAUGGUUGUGACGAGAAAGCUGAGCCUCGCAAAGGCUGUGUUCUACGUGGUGGCUCAGUGCCUGGGCGGUAUUACAGGAGCUGGGAUCCUCUACCUAGUCACACCUGCUGCUGUCAGAGGGUCCUUCGGUGUCACUACAGUGAACUCCAACAUCUCAUUAGGACACGGCCUUCUUGUGGAGCUCCUUAUCACGUUCGAACUGGUCUUCACUGUCUUCGCCACCUGUGAUCCCAAACGCUCAGACCUAGGAGGCUCUGCUGGCCUUGCUAUCGGCUUUGCUGUCGCUAUUGGCCACUUAUUUGCGAUCCCUUAUACAGGAGCCAGCAUGAACCCUGCUCGAUCCUUUGCACCUGCGCUGGUCACGCUUAACUUUGAGCAUCACUGGGUGUACUGGGUGGGACCAAUCCUGGGUGCCAUCCUGGCUGCUGGCCUGUAUGAGUACCUGUACUGCCCUGACCCUGAGAUGAAGAAGAAGCUGAAGCAGGUCUUCCAAAAGGACCCGUCAGGAAAAUACAGGGAGGUGGAAUCAGACGAAGUUGCCAUCAAGCCUGGAUCCAUCCACACCAUCGAUGUGGAGAAAGCCGAGAAAAAGGAAGCUUUCCAGGACUCGACGGGGGAAGUGUUGUCCUCAGUAUGACUAUCACGUGCACUGGAAAUGGAGACCAAUCUGUAGCACAGAAUGACAAUCAAAACUUCGGGGUAUCCAUCUUAAGCUUGUCCCCCGCCCCCCUCCUCCAAAGCAGAAUAUCCCUCAACGAUUUUUGUAGCAGUGUUGGCAUGCGGCACACAUUGCAUGCUGCAGGAUGACAGCCCGCGAUACGUUGUGUUAGGGAAAUAUGUGUGGGGUCAACCAAUUAUGUGGGGUCAUCAUGCUGAAUUGGAGAAGUGAAGAAGAAAACGCAGGCUUGUUAUUUUUGGAUUAGUGUCACAUUUGGUCCAUGUACUGUAUAUGUAAUAACAGGGGGAGAUUUUCCUUGUAAUCAUUAAGCACAUUACAGGUCCCAUGCAAUGUAAGGCAGCUCUGACAGGCUUUAUUAUCAGAGCUGUAUUACAGUGCUCUCUAUUUUCAGUGCAUUAGUCAGGGAAACAACAGUUCAUUCAUCUGGAAACACUCUGUAAAAGUCUCUCUCCACUUUUAUUAUGUCCAUAAUGAUUUUAUUUUUUCUACUUUCUUGAAAAUGUCUAUUUUGUAGAUCUAGAUUUGGUUCUUGUAACACGUCUUAUUUCUCUGUAUGAUCUGCUGUAUUUCAUGCUCACGUUUUUAAGUUAUUGAGAAGAUAUUUGGCUGAUCUAUCUUUAUGAUUUUGUGUUCAAAUAUGUGUUUUAUGCUCACAAACUGGAAGUGCUAUAAUAUGUAAGAGAUAUUAAGUUGUAAUAAUAAAGUUUUGUAUUACUAAGCCUU